AUGGUUGAGCAACCUACCAUCCAGUCAGCAGACACAGAUGGCAACGGACCAGCGAAACGUCGACGAAGACCAGCACUAUCAUGCGUUGAAUGUCGCAUGCGCAAGGUGAAAUGCGACCGAGGAAAACCUUGUGGUGCAUGCACUAGGAUAAAAUCAGCGACAUGCACGUUUAGACCUCCACGUCCGGGGAUUCGACCGGAGAACCAAAGAUCACCCGAGGAUGAUGCCUCUACAGGUCGCAGCAAUGGCGACGACCAGAAUCCGGCUCGGUCUUCUCCUCACGCACCCGGUCAUUCCAGCGAGUUUGAUGCAAUCGUCAAUCGUUGUGUGGCACCCGGGCUUCUUGGAGAAUGCGACGGCCAGCCGAAACCUCUCCCCGCCGAUAGACCGGCUUUUAGCUUGAACUCGCAAUCGGACUCUGCGCAAGCCUCUAUCAUCAACGGUUUAUUGGAUAGGAUUCAGGGCCUGGAAGAACGACUGGCGAGCGCUACUCUGAAUGAGUAUCCGAGAAGUAGUACAUCUCAGAGACGGGAAAGCGCAAGUGAUACGAGCGCUCAGUUUGUGAAGGCAAAGUACUAUGGUCAGAGUCAUUGGAUGAAUGCUAUCGAUCCUUAUGACGCUCUCGGUGAUACAAAUACUACAACGAACCACAAUACAAACAGGAAAGAGGUGUAUGUAAUCAUCCAGUCUUUCUGUAAAGACGCAAUUCUAAUUGCUGAAUAUAGGAACAAAUCGACUGAGCUGUAUUCUACUGUCUCAGAGGUCAAACGAAUGGCUCGCAUCAUCAAGGCCUCUCGCAUGUCACAGCCUUCCAUUUCACCAGAACUGGAGGCAUGCAUUCCACCGAAGGAAAUCAGCAACGCACUGGUGGAUUGCUAUCUCCGUACAUUCGAAGGCGUAUUUCGCGUACUACACGUACCUUCCUUCAGGAGAGUCUACGAUGCAUACUGGCUCGGUACCGCGCCUGCAAAGCCGUCCAUUGUUCACAAGUUCCUACUGGUAUGCGCAAUUGCCGUACCGUUCUACACAGGACCCGACCAGGCCAAGCUUCGCGUCUCAGCUGCGAAAUGGAUCCAAGCUGCAGCGGAAUGGCAGUGUGCACCUCAUGCAAAGUCGCGGCUCAACAUGAUAGGAUUGCAGAUACAGAUAUUGAUUCUGAUUGCACGUCAAGUAUGUGGCAUCGAUGGCGACCAUAUAUGGAUACCCGCAGGUACGAUGUUGCGGACGGCGAUGCAUCUCGGCUUACAUCGCGACCCGUCUCACUUCCCCAAAAUCAGUGUCUACCAUGGCGAGAUGCGACGCAGACUCUGGGCAACUGUUCUGGAAAUCACCGCCCAAAGCAGCUUGGACAUGGGCAUGCCGCCUAUGAUUUCCGUGAACGACUACGACACGAAGCCACCUUCCAACAUCAACGACGAAGAUAUGGGCAGCGGCAUAGACAUCCCACUCGAUGUGAAGCCGGCAACCGUGUUUACGGACAGCAGUAUACAGAUCGCUUUUGCACAGACACUUCCUACACGGCUUGAGAUCAUCAGGGUAAUCAACAACCUGCGCUUCGACCUAUCCUACGAUGACGUACUGCGUAUCGGCACCAAGCUCAUCAGCGUCUGUCGCGAGAAAACAAUGUUCUUCAAAUCAGCAUUAGCAGCAGGACAAAACAUCACGCCGUUCCAGAUCAAGAUGUCUGAUACCCUAGUUCGACGCUUCGUUCUCUGCCUCCACCGCCCUUACUUUUCCAAAGCAAACGAAAACCCACGCUACCAUUACUCCAGGAAGAUAUGCCUCGAUACAUCACUAGCAAUCUACGCACCGGCAACUGAGCUGGCACCAGGAGAAGAAGACGAUUGGACGCGCAUGACGCACCGAUGCGUGGGGUUCUUCAAGUCGUUCUUCCUCUACGCCAUGUCAACCGUGUACUACGAACUCAACUCUCAGAUCAACGAAAGACAAGAAGAAUUGGCGCUAUUCGCUCCCCUUGUAUCUACACGACCAGUCACAACAUCUUCAUCUACAGGGUUGACAUCCUUACCACCACAGUACCACGCCCUACGUCAAGUCCUAGAAUCAUCCCGACACACAGCAGUCGCCCGCGUUCAAAACGGCGAGACGAACGCAAAGGGUGUUGUCUUCAUCAACUGCGCACUGGCACGCAUCGACGCUUUGAUAGCCGGGACCGAUCCCGAAGCAGCUGUACUUGAAGCAGCGAAAUUAUCUACCAAAGAAAUGGGUCAAAUACUAGCAUCAGUAUACCGCGAAGAGCACGGCGAAGACAUCGACCUCAGUCACUCCAGCGGCAGCUUCGCAGGAAGAGAGCAUGGUCGAGGCGAAGGCGCUGAUGACGUUACUGGGAAGCAUCUACCUACUGGCACCGGCGCCCAAACCGGCAGCAACAAUAGUAUAGAUUUCCCUUGUUUCGACGGCACGAUGGACGGGCUGAGUAUGCUGGACAGCGAUCUGGGAGAUGUGAAUAUGGGAUUAGAUAUCGAUAUGAAUGCGUACAUGCAGGGGUUGCCCAUGGAUUCCGGGGAUGGUUUCCACUUUGGAAGGAGUCCGGAGUGGUUUUACGAUCUGGAUGGGUGGGCUGCGGGUGGUAGUUUCGGCAACCCUGGAUGUGGUGUUUAG